GUGGACAUUGUGCUGGCACAAGGCGCUGUUAACGGGUGCAGCCAAGAAACUUGUCGCCUUCUGUUGUUCAAAUCAGUCACUAUUCCCAAACCAUUCAUUCCAUUGCCGACUCCAACAGUACACCAUGUUUGCUCCAAAGCCUUCCGGGACAUCGACCGGCCUGUCCAUCAACACCGGUUCUGCCAAUUCUUUAUUUGGCGCCGGCACCAAUACACAGACUAGUACUACGACUACGCCAGCAACUACCAGUACCUCGGGUGGUCUUUUCAGUAACCUUGGAAACACUGCCUCUCAAGCGAAGCCGGCAGGAGGCCUAUUCGGCAAUCUGGGUGGUACCACACAGCAAUCCCAGCCUUCCGGUUCGAAUAUGUUUUCGGGCUUAGGGGGACAGCAGCAGAGCAAUACUACAGCCGGUGGAGGUUUGUUUGGGGGCGCUACAGCGACGAGCUCGCAGCCACAGUCAGGCGGCCUUUUCUCAGGAGCCGGUACGACGACCAACAACACACAGACCGGGAACACCAGCGGGGGACUGUUCGGCAACCUGGGGGGUACUACUGCCACUCAAACGCAAUCUAAACCGCUUUUUGGGGGCCUUGGAAGCUCUACCACAACGGGAGGGGGCCUGUUCGGCGGUGCCAAUCAAGCUAGCGCGCAGCAGCAGCAGCAACAGCAACAAUCCCAGAAACCUACUUUAUCCUUAUUCGGAAACCAGAGCACUACCGUGCAACAACCGACUCAAACCCCUGCUACUACUGCUACAACUGUUAUCCCUGGAGUUAAAGUCGAUAUCAGCAAUAUCCUACCCACAACCAAAUACGAAAGCUGCGCGGAUGAGAUCAAAGCAGAGCUGGAAAGAUUCGAUAAUUUCGUCUUGAACCAGAUUAAGAUAUGCAACGAGGUCGCGAACAUGAUCCCCACCAUCGCCAGCCAGGGCGAGACGAUUCCAAAUGACGUGGAAUUUGUUCAGGGCAAGCUGGAGACAAUGCAGCACGCACUCGAAAACGAUGCCGGCGAUAUUGAUCAACUUCGCAGUCUUGUAUCUCGCGACGCAGCCGAGGCUCAAGUCGCUUUCCGCGCAAUUGACACCUUGAAAUUACCUCUGCAGUACCAAUCUACUGGCGGAGCUGGAUGGUGGUCCCAAGAUCAGAAGGUGUCAGAUGGGCAGGCUUUAAGGUCGACGCGUAAAAAUACUCUAGCUCUUCCAGACGAUGUUGAAAGCGAUCCGGCUACCGCUACUUCUGUUAACGGGGUGCCUGUGAAUCUGGUCGAUUACUUCUCUCAGCGAUCUGAGGAAAUGGGAGUGGUCCUGGAACGGUACACGCGGAACUUGAAGGAGAUCGAAGACCACCUUCACGGAGUCGAGGCCACUUUAGAACGACAGAUUCAUGACUUUGUGACAUCUCGUAGCCGAGAUGGCCCAGCCGCUGGAACGCCUAAGUCUAUUGUCAGUGAUCUUGCUACUGUUCUUGGUGACGUCGAGGCUGGCAUAUUGGGAGUUGCCAGUCGCCUUGGAGGAGUUACCGAGCAGGUCCAAGAGGUGGUCUUGGGCCCUCCUUCCGGGUCAUAAGUUUUUUGCGAGUUGAGCAUGAGCACCAGAUACUCCUUGUAUAACAUAUCAAUGGAUUGAACAUCAUGAAGCAUAAUUAAUACCGCUGACAGAGGCGGACCAUACGAC